AUGGCGACAUCAAUGCAUCAUGAUCGUCGAGCAUCGACAAAACAAAAAACAAUUGCACCAAGUUAUGGUCCAGGCAACAGUUUAUAUUCCGCGACAGAAUCUUUAACUGCACAAGAUAUUCAAGAUUAUUUUCGCAUUGGUCCAGCACGACCGAACUCUACCCUUACCACUCCUUCAAGCACAAAUGAACGUAAAACUGUUCAAUAUCUUCGUCCAACAUCAUUCGAACAUCAUCAAAAAGAAAUGCAACAAGUUAAUAAGAAUAAAAUGGAUAUCAUUCCAUAUGCGACUUUUCAUGAAAAAAAACAAUUAUUACCAACGGAUCAAACAGCUUAUGCUCGAGACUUUCAACAAAGAUAUGACAAUGAAUUUUUACAGCGUUGGAAUAAAGGUGUCACAGGUGACAUUGACGGUGAAACAACCAUAAGUUCAUCAAGCCAACAAAUUGGAAGUACAACCGCGAGUUCAUCGACAACGAAUCGCUUCGCACAAUUAAAUCUCAUUCGUGAAUCUGAUCGUGAACGUAUGUCUGACAUAGAAGGUCAAACCGAUCCCGAUGGUGUGCCAAGUGAAGCUGAUAAAGAAGAAAUUCGUCAAAUAUUUGGUGUUUCACAUGCGCUCGAAACUUUAGAUGAUUACAAAGAAAUCAAACAAUGGAUUAAUCAAGAUACAACAUUACCUGUCUAUUCACAAAAAGAGAAAAUUCUAUCAGCAAUUGAAAAAAAUUCUAUAACAAUUAUUCAGGGAAAUACAGGAUCAGGAAAAUCAACACAAAUUCCACAAUAUAUCUUAGACGAUUUUGUAAAACGAUCUAAACCGGUGAAUAUUGUCGUCACACAACCACGUCGAAUCGCUGCUCGAUCACUUUGUGAACACAUUUCUUAUUCACGACAAUGGCCUGUGGGUCAAACAGUUGGUUAUCAGACAAGUCUAAAUCGACAACGUUGUGAAUUAACGAGAAUUUUAUAUUGUACAACAGGUGUUCUUUUGCAACGAUUGAUUUUAACGAAAACUUUACAAGAUUUUACACAUAUUAUUCUUGAUGAAGUUCAUGAACGUGAUCAAUCGAUGGACUUUCUACUAAUUCUAAUUCGAACAUUAUGGUUGAGAAAUUCACAAAACGUUAAAAUCAUUUUAAUGUCAGCAACGAUCGAAAUUGAUAAAUUAGCACAUUAUUUUCGUCAAGUUAUCGAUGGUCAAGUUGUUCCGGCAUAUCAAUUUCACGUUGGUGAUCGUCUUUUCGAUGUUCAAGAGAUGUAUUUAGAACAUAUUCAAAACUACGGUCUUUUACCUGAUCUAAAGUUAAGCGAAGCACGUUUAUCUCGCGAAGCUAUUGAUCUUUGUGUUAAAUUAAUCAAAAGUUUUGAUGAUGAAGAUAGUAUGGCUGGAUGGGAUCAUACGAAGAAUUUACCAAUCAAACGUGCAACUGUUCUCGUUUUUCUUCCGGGUUUGUUAGAAAUUCAAACUGUUCAUGAAGCCUUGCGUUUUCCUCGUGGAAAACCCGAUUCUGUCAAAUUCAACUUAGAUGAAUUAGAUGAAUGCGUGAAGUUUAAUUACGAGAUUGUUCCAUUACAUUCAGAUUUAUCGAUGGAUGAUCAAAUGAAUAUUUUUACACCAGUGAAAUCAACGUAUCGUAAGAUUAUUUUAGCGACAAAUAUUGCCGAAAGUUCAAUAACGAUUCCUGAUGUGCGAUACGUAAUUGACUUUUGUCUGAAUAAAGAAAUGGUUUGUGAUCCGGAAACGAAUUAUUCAUGUUUACAACUGGUUUGGGCAUCUAAGGCGAAUUGUGAUCAACGACGAGGCCGAGCUGGUCGUGUUGCUCAUGGGAAAUGUUAUCGUCUUGUUAAAUUACAUCUAUUCAAUUCAUUUUCAUCGUAUCAAAAACCUGCGCUUGUUCAACAAUCUCUUGAUCAUGUGAUUAUUCAAGCAAAACGAUUAAAUAUCGGUGAACCAAAAGCUAUUCUUGCACUCGCUCUAGAACCACCAAAUAUCAAUGAUAUUGAAAUAACAAUUCUCAAAUUAAAAGAACUUGGUGCAUUAACAAUUCAUAUGGGACAAGAUGAGAUCCGUCCAUUCGAUGGUGAUUUAACGUUUCUUGGCAAAAUUAUGGCUGCAUUACCUAUUGACAUCGAGUUAUCACGUUUAAUUGCAUUAGGGCAUGCGUUUGGUUUAGUUUAUGAAGCAGUAGUCAUUGCUGCAUGUUUAUCAACAAAAAGUAUUUUCAAAGUUUAUUACAAAGAUCGUUUAGCUGCUUACAAGAGUAAAUUUAAUUUUGCUUCGGGAACAUUUUGUGAUUGCCAUGCAUUUCUCAAUGUUUAUAAAACAUGGCUUUAUCAUGAAAGUAAUCAACAAUUUCGAACACAUGAUGCUGAACGUCGUUGGGCACAGUUGCAUAAUGUUGAUAUAAAACGUUUACGUGAAGUUCAUUUACUAAUCGAUGAACUACGAACACGUUUACGUCAGUUUCAUAUCUUCGUACCACGUGAUGUGGAAUCGGAGCAAAUUCAACGACGACGAAAUCCCAUAAUUCAACAACAAAAUUUACUCAAUCUUAAAAUUAUCAUCGCUGGUGCAUUUUAUCCGAAUUUUUAUAUUCGUGAACCGAUUCAACCGGAAGCUGUGGAUCGAGAACUGUCUUCGAAAGAUCCCUUGAGAACAAUUAUGCUUCGUAAUGUUCCCUUAAAUGAAGGAAUUUUAUAUCGAAAUCAAAUCGAACAACAACUAAAGACUUUAGUCGAUGUUGAAGAUAUGAAAAUUACAUUUGAAAAUACCAAAGCAUUAGUAGAAUUUGCUUCUCCACACUCCACACGUCAACUUGUGAAUCCAUCUGAAUUACCAAUUGAUCAAAUUGUUACAUCGACAACUUCACAUACAAAUAUUCUCCCAGCUGUUUAUUUUGCUGUUAAAGCGAGAAUGACAAAUCACAAAAUAAUUCUUCAGACAUUCGAACGAUCAGCUGCAUUGCAACGUGUCGAACGUCUUCGUCUAUACAUGUCCGGUGUUGAUAUUCAAGAUCAAAUGUUUGAUCGUGAACGAGAUCUGUUUGAAGAACAUCGCGAUGCUUUGCUUCAUCUAGCUCAACGGCAAACAACAAUAUAUUCAUUACCACAACAACGAUUGCCUGAUAUAAAAUGUCAAUAUAUAACAAUAAAUGUUUCAACUGUAGUCGAUGUUAAUCAUUUUUGGGCACAAUAUGCUGAUCGAGAAAGCAAUGCACAAAUGAAACAAAUCAACGAGAUGUUAUCACGUUCAUUAACACGUUUGGCAGCAACAUCUGUGGAAAUUGGAAUGAUGUGUGCUGCACCAUUCGCUCUCGUCUCACCACGAACAACAACACCUUCAAAUAACGAAAAUCAACAAAUUGUUAAACGAUACGAAUAUUAUCGAGCGAGAAUUACACAUCGUAUUGAUAAUGUGACUGUCGAAGUCUUCUUUGUUGAUUGGGGAAAUACUGAACAUGUUCCGAUCGAUCAACUACGUAUUCUCGAACCAACAUUAUUGAAAAUGGCUCCACUUGCGUUCGAGUGUCAAUUAUGGUCCAUUCGACCUAAUGUUGCACGUUAUCCUUCGAACAAUUGGCCUGUUCCAGCAUUAAACUAUGUCUGUUCGCUUAUUCUCGAACGACAAGUGGAAGCAGAGAUCAAAGCAGUUGCACGAAAUAUCGUCAAAUGUGAUAUUCUAUUAGACAUCCAAUCAACCCGAUCGCAUCAACAUUACAAUGAAAUGGGACGAAUGACUCUUCGACAAAGUUUGAUUCAAAAGGGUUUUGCUGAAACGGCAAAUGAAGAACAUGUCUUUGAACAUGAUUAUCGAAUACGUCGUGAUGCUCAACGUUUUAUUAGUCAUUCAAACGAUCUAUCAUCAACAACUGAUCCAAGUAACACAUCGCCACAGAUUAUCGAUGUACCCAAAGAACUAUGUGAAGUUUAUGAACGAAAGGAAAUUGGUCAACCUGUGACAUUAACUGGUGAAUGGAAAAUCAAGGGAGACGAUCGAAAAGCCAAUCAUUCAUCAUGUCAUUAUGCAACGAAAAUGCGACGUGUUCAGAUCGAUGGCGAUUCGAUCAACUCUGUUGGUUUAGAAGAAGAACAACAUUGUAAUUAUCGUCGUUUACUUGUCUCGUAUGGUGUUCAUCUUUCACAAACACGACAAAUUGUUUCACUCCGUCAUACAACAUUGAUGCCUUCGAUCCGUGGUCUACCCGCACUAAUUGCUAUGAUAUUUGCACCAACGAUUGAAUUGAGACUUGAUGAAGAAGGUCAAAUGAAAACUGGUGUUCUCUGUGGUUUAGGUUUCAAUCCAGUUACAAACACUUCUCUUUAUCCUGAUCACGAUAUCGACAUUGGAUUCGAUGUCCAAAUAUCGACUGAAGAUCUUGUUCGAAUCAACGAAAUUCGCAAACAAAUGAAUUUAGCAUUGUACAGUGCUGAAUCUGCUGGAAAUAGAGAUUUGAUGCGAUCGGUUCGACGAAUCAUUUGUACGGAAUUACAAAAAUUACUUGAGGCAAAACGACCACCAAGUCGAAACAAUUAUUUUGGAACAUUUCAAUGGAACAGGAUAAAUCCGGAUGAUCGUGUUCCGAAAAUGGCUGAAGAUGUUUCACCUGAUCAUCUUCGAUUGUUUCCACUUCAUGAUGAUGUGAUUACACGUACAGUCGAAAUCGAUGACGAAUAUCGUCUGAAAAUGAUGUAUCAUCUAAGAUGGCUACGAGAAAAGGCGACAAUCACAACAUUUAUAUGCCAAGUUACUUGUGAACUAUGUGAUAUGGAUUUUAAUUACACAUCAGAUUUAUUUGCUCAUUUAUCAUCAAGUCAACACCGUGAACUUGUUCGACAGCUUGAACUCAUUCAUUGCGUCUAG